AUAUGAAAUUAUAUUUUUACAUAUUUUGAGAUCUAGAUGAACAAACAAAAUCCUGUAAUAAUUUUAUUAUUCAGUAUGAUUAAAAAUAAUUAUAAUAGCAAUAUUUGUGAAAUAGUAUUUUAUCAUUUUUAUUUUUAUGUUAAGAUACAUAUGUAAUGUACGUAGUCAUUUAAUGUGGUAAAUGAAUAGCAUUUUCGUAAUCUAAUGGAAUCAUAAUGAAUUCAAGGUUCUUACAUUAUUGUAGUCUAUCGUUGCUUAUUAUGUCAUUAUCAUCAUAUACGUAGCAGUGGCAGUAGCUGGUAGUAACUAUGUAGAAAUUCACAUAAACAUCUCAGUUCCAGUCUCUAGUACAGCGAAUAAUUCUACACUGUACAUCGCUUUAUAAGAUACAACUAUGGACCAAUUAUGCGAAGAGCAGCAUCUUGACAUAACAAUUGAUGAAAGUGAAAUUGUUGAUGGUGCUAAAGAAAUAAUUAAGAAAAUCAGACCAACAUGGCCUUUGGAUAAAUUGCACUUUAAGAUAUUUACAGAUGGAAUCACAAAUAAACUUAUAGGAGUAUGGUAUUCUGAGCAUUACAAUGAAAUGGUAUUAGUUAGAGUUUAUGGACAUAAGACGGAUCUGCUCAUCGAUCGAAAAGAUGAAACAAGAAAUAUUCGAGUAUUAAACAAAGUAGGUUUUACACAUUCCAUUUAUGCUACAUUCAAUAAUGGUUUAGCUUACCAGUUCAUUGAAGGUAAUAUACUUACAACAGAAACAGUCAGAAACCCUGACAUAUAUGUAUUAGUUGCUAAGAGAAUGGCUCAAAUGCAUAGACUUAAACCUGAUGAUACUGAGAUACCCAAAGAUGCUUGUAUUUGGAAGAAGUUAGAAAAAUUUAUGGAAAUUAUGCCAAAAGAAUUUUUAGAUGUUACCAAACAAACAAGGUUUGAGAAGAUCAUAAAGCCAUUUGGUGUGUUAAAACAGGAAUAUGAAGCACUGAAAAAGGAACUGAUAAAUUUGAAUAAUGAAGUAGUGUUUGCUCAUAAUGAUUUACUUCUAGGGAAUGUACUUUAUAAUGAAAAGAAAAUGUCAGUAACGUUUAUUGACUUUGAAUAUACAGGAUAUAACUAUCAAGCUUAUGACAUAGCUAAUCAUUUUGCUGAAUUUGCUGGUAUUGAUAAUCCUGAUUAUUCAUUAUAUCCUGAAGAACAACUGCAAAAAGCGUGGUUAAAUAUAUAUCUUCAGGAAUAUAACAAUGUAAAAUGUGUACCUCAAAAUGAAAUUAAUUUACUGUAUUUACAAGUAAAUAAAUUUGUUCUUUUAUCACACUUUUUUUGGGGUUGUUGGGGACUCAUACAAAGUGAACAUUCAACAAUUGACUUUGACUUUUUAGAGUAUGCUGCAAUACGAUUUAAUGAGUAUUUCAAAUGGAAAGAAGAAUAUCUUAAGACAAAAUUAUAAAAUCAGAACUAAUUUGUUAUAUUUUUAUAGUUAUACUGUUAUGAAACUAGCAUUCCAACAUUUUUAUUGUUUGUAAAUAACAUUCCUGUAGAUACAUUCCCUUUUAAUUUGUUAUAUAACAAAGAUUUAACAAAGAAAAUUUUACAAUUAUGAGUUUGUAUAUGAUGCUACUGUAAAUUUAUACAAUUGACAGUAUUAUAUAGAGUAAAAGGAGUAAAAAAUAUAUACAUAUAUAUGUAUUUGUAAAGUAAUAUAUGUAAAGAUAUUAUAUGCGAAAUAUAACAGUUAUUUAAAAUAAAA